AUGAAGUCCUUCCCCCCUGCAGGAUUUCUUGCCCUCGGUGUUGCUUUGCUCACCUCGUCUACCACAUGCUCGAUUCUCCCACGCCAGAGCAACAGCAAGCCAUGGUCGGUUAAAAACUUCAACUCUCUCAUCUUGUUCGGUGACAGCUAUACGGAUGAAUCUCGCUUGGGGUGGUUCAUCAAUCACAAUGGGUCUGCGCCACCUGCCGGGACUUUGUUGCCAGAAACUUUCAGUGCACCUGGUGGAGGGCGCACCUGGCCCAGAUACGUGGUACAGUAUACUGGAGCGACCGUGCUGGGAAAGUGGACUCCUCAGAUGACGCUGUACGACUACGCCGUCUCAGGGGCUGUCUGUUCCAACAACAUUACCCCGAGAUGGUUCCCAGCGAUCGACGCUCCAUUCCCCUCCGUGCUUGAGUACGAGGUUCCGGCCUUCGUCGCCGAUAUCCCAGCGGCACGAGUCAAUUCCACUCCGGCCGUCCAACUUUUCACACCCAAGUUGACAGCCCAGGACGCCGUCUACGCACUGUGGAUCGGCACCAACGACCUCGGCGUCUACGCGUUCCUAACCGACUCACAGAUCCCAGGCAAUGUCCUCUCCGACUACACGUCGUGCGUCUACAGCGUCUUUGACAAACUCUACGCCAGCGGCGCCAGGCACUUCGUCCUGAUGAACACCGUCCCUCUGAACCUAGCCCCCUUGUACGCCAAUGACUCCUCCCACGGUGUCGGCCCGAACCAGUACUGGGCGAACAAGACGGCAAACCACACCGAGAUCGCGUACACGAUGCAACAGUUCACCACCACGGUCAACAACGUGUUCAGGUAUCAGACGCCCUACGAGCUCCUGGUGGCGAAGCGCUACCCGGGUGCCCGCUUUGCCCUCUUCGACACCCACGCACUCAUAACGGACAUCUACAACAGCCCCGGCAAAUACCUGAACGGCACGGGUGUGGCCAAGGGCGGAGAAUGUGUCUGGGGCUACGAGAACCACUGCACCGUGGACCAGAAGACGUGUGUGAAGAGACAGAACGGCACGAAUCCCGAUGGAUAUUUGUGGUUUGACGAGUUGCAUCCUAGGUGA